AUGAGUACAGAGGAACCCAUCAUUUGUAACAGUUGUCUAGCUGACAGUGGCGACACCACAGACACACAACCACAGAUCACCAUAAAUAAAGUUCCAAACGGUAUACAAUGUAAGAUAUGCACAUUGCCUUCAACGUUGUACCAUUUCCGGAAUCCUCAUUCACGAACCAUUCAAAAGACUACGAUCUGUUACAAGUGUGCGAAACAAAGAAACGCAUGCCAAUGUUGUGUGCUGGACAUGACAUGGCAUGUCUCCCUAACGGUAAGAGAUAAAUUGGUUUCAUAUUUACAAAAUCAAGAUGGUCAACAAUUGCAAGGAUCCAUGAUGACUCCUGAGGCAACGAAUGUGAUGAUGAAAAGAUAUCUGGCAUUACAAAAGGGAAAACUAGGAGGCGCACAAAUCACCUCUGAUUCAAAGGCAUUAGACACUUUAUUGUCUCAAGGUUUGGAACAAUCCAUUGCUACUUUGGAGAAAGAUAUACAAUCAAGCAACAAGAUAAAAACUGGUCUAGACAAAGAUUUCGAAAUCGAUAUCAAACCUGUCCUUGCACACUUACCACUGACACGUACAUUGCAAGGUACUCACUACAUGUCGUUCUUCUUAUACAAUAUCGAUUCAUCGAUUCCUGAAUGGAAGAUUAAAGACUCAGUAACGUCGGUGGUCGGAACCAACACAUGGUGCGAUAGGGACUCUAACAGUAUCAUUGUGAACCAUAGAGCAAAUGCUGGUGGAAUAAAAUUUGCAAAUCAAUCGUUGGCAGAUAAGUUUGUACGGGUGCUUACGACAACACCGGGAAACAACUACAUUAUACAAGAAACAGGUUUAAUGAGGGGUGUGUUAAUGGUGGAUAGAUUUAAGAUAUUUGUUGUGCCAUGGGAAUCUGGAUUUUCUACAGGUUCGUUUGGUGCCACUAAAGAACAAUCUUUGAAAUUAGCUCGUAGUUUAAGGAAAUUGAUUGUCUCGGAAUCUCAAGUUAUGCCCACUGUGACUUCUGACGUCAAUAAUAAUGACGACACAGAUAGGAAAAGAAAAACUACUAAAAAAAUUAAUAAGAAGAAGAAGAAAGAUAAUAAGAAAGGGACAAAACGUGUAACGUCUUUACAAUUAUAG